AUGAGAGAACCAAAGAGGAAUAAAAUACAGUCCCAUUACACUGCACUCUCGAAAAACUAUGGCGGUUCAAUUGACUAUGUGAAUUUCCAAUUUUAUGCCUACGACUCGAGCACCAGCGUAUCAGAGAUCAUGAACUAUUUCAACGCUCAGGAGUCUCGCUGUAGCGGUGCAAAAGUGCUGGCUAGUUUCGUGAUGGGGGGAAGUGGAGGUUUGUCACCUGCGAAUGGCUUCUUUUUGGCGUGCAGAAAGCUUAUAGACUCUGGCAAGCUCCACGGCAUCUUUGUGUGGUGUGCGGACACCUCGCAGUCUAAUGACUUCCAGUAUGAAAAGCAAUGCAGGCUGUCCUCCUAG